CAUUCGGCUACACCAGUGGGUGGAGAAUGAGAGCAGCUUCACUCUCAUUAUGGAUUACCCUGAACCCUGCAGGACCUUGGAGGAUUACAUCUUGUUCAACGGCCCCAUCAGUGAAGCACAAGCACGCUUGUUCAUGUAUCAAGUGCUUGAUGCCGUCAAACACUGCCAUAAGCAUGGAGUUUAUCACGGUGAUAUCCGCUCAAGGAACAUCCUGGUAACUCUCCACAGUCUGGAGCUCAAUCUCAUUGACUUCCGCUGCGCUCGUCUGAUCCGCAGCGAGGGAUUUAACAGCAGUGAAUACCAAGGAUCAGAGGCAUACACCCCUCCUGAGGUCCUCAUGCACUCUGUUUUCCACGCCGCAGAAGCAGAGCGUCUGGGCACUGGCAGUUCUGCUCUUUGA